AUGUACCCGCUCUGUUGUAUCGACAUUCGAAACUUCCUGAACCAGUUUUACUUCUUCUCCGACGAUCACUUCCAGCAUCCCAAUAUUAUUGACGACACACUUCGCAAGUCGCUGGAUGAGCUUUUGACAGAGAAAGUCUGCAAGUCUCUUGUUGAAAGGCUGAGCUCGCAGUAUCUUGGGCAGAUCGUGCAGAUUCUCAUUAAUCUUGAGCAUUUCGAAGCUGCUUGUCAGGAACUCGAGCAGCUCCUCAUCAGAGCAAGAUCUUCUACAUCGGCCGGUGGUCCUGUCACGCUUGUUGCCACAGAAGAGUUUCGAAACAACAAAAAGACGGCAGAGAAGCGCAUCUUCGAACUCGUGAACUCCAAGAUUGAUGACCUUGUUGACACCGCUGAAUAUGACUGGAUGGCGACCACAACAUCUCCCGAUCCCAGCAGUUACAUGCAAACCAUGACCCGAUACCUCUCCAAUAUUAUGAACUCCACACUUCUUGGCUUGCCAAGAGAGAUCAAGGAACUCAUCUAUUUUGACGCUCUCAGCCAUGCCGCUAACAAGAUUCUCGCGUUGCCGCUGUCCCCUGACGUCAAGCACAUUAACACUAAUGCUGUUGCGGCACUGGCAAAGGAUGUGCAGUACCUCACGGAGUUUGUCGACAGUCUCGAGAAUGGAGCCAUGCUCCGAGAGAACCUGGACGAACUCCAGCAAACCAUCAACCUAAUGCAGUCCGACAACCACGACGAGUUCUUCGAUAUUUCCAUCCGCAACAAGAAAUUUGGUCGCGUCGACGCCUUGAAUGGUCCCAUACUGCUGGAGAAGCUCACUUCCAAUGCUCAAGGUCCCACCCGCAGCGCCCCACUUGCCAACUUCUCUUCGCGAUUCGGUAUGAUGAAGUGA